AGGCAAUCUUGUUGGAAUACGCAUAACCACAGUGUGUUUUAAUUGUGCAAGAAAAUGUUUCGUUUUGUGUUCAUUCUCGCCUUCGUCAAUAUUGCCUUUGGCGCUAACGAUUAUGAAUCAGACAUCAGAAAAUCGUUAGAAAAAUUGAACGAGUUAAAACCUUUGGCUGCCUAUUACAAAAAGAAUCCAACAUCUCCCCAGGUGUUUGCGACAGGAACGAACCUUAUCAAUAGUACUCUUAAUGACCUGAGUGAAAAGUUAGCCGCCUAUGACCCCGCAAGCGUAGAAGAAAGGAACAUCAGCAUUGAACGUUCUAACAUAAAAUUCAGCGGAGUUCUUUCAAAUUUAAAUGUUGGAGGAUUUUCGGACUUCGUGGCUACAUCCCUGUCACUUUCUGUAUUAAGACGAACACUCUCGUUUACCAUAAAACUUCCCGAAUUAAAAUUAACAACAGACUAUGACAUUGAUGGUAGUAUUUCGUUUAUUCCCAUCUACGGAAAGGGUAACCUAAGUUUGCAAGUCAGUGGCAUUGAAGCUACGGGAAACGGCAAAGUAUCUUUAUCAAACCCUAUAUCAAUUGAAACCUUGAAUCUGGGAUACAGUAUCGGAAGUAUUAAUGUACAAAUUACCGGAUUAACAAAUAACGAAGACUUCAGUAAACUUGUUAGCGAGCUUUUGACGGAUGUUGUGGCCGAUUUCCUGAACGACAUUAGUCCAGUUGUGUCUCAGUAUUUGUCCAGUUUUAUACAAGAAGCAAUCAACAAAGCUUUGAGUGGCUCCGACCAGAAUGAUUUAAGAAAAACAAAUGAAAUAUCUAACGAAAUUUAAGACCACUCUCAUUGACGAUUAAUUACGGAAAAUUUUAGCAGUAAAACUAUUUCGAAGCAAAUUUCUAAAUCUACAAUAUUGUUGAGUACCUACCUAUUUCUUUUAGCUGAAAUUGUAAAGAUUAACUAAUGUGAGAGAAGAAAAACGCCUUCUUUAACCAUUUUUACGUUCUUUUAAAAUUUUCAUUUUACAAGGUUAAUAAGAGUUUAAAUGAUUACCAAUAUAGGAUCACUGGUAAACUCAUCUCACGAAUGACAACUGAACCAGUUGUCGCGAUAAUUCGCCGCAGUGUACAUUAGAGUGACAAAAAAAAGUCAAAAGAAAAUAUUUUAUUUUCCAGUCUCCUAUGAAAGUAUGUCAGUUUUUUUUCUUGAAGUUGACAUAAUAAAGUAUAGAAAUGAGGCAAGAGAGAUGCAAAAAAAAUUAAAGACGAUUUUAAGUAUUGUAAUGUUAUUGACGGUUGAGUACAUUCAUGCUCAGAUGUCGCUUCACGAUCUUUCUGUUGUAGAAAAUAGUAAAACAACGAAAAAAGAAAAUAAAAAAAAACCUGAUUUUCGAUUUUGGAAAUGUCCGUUUUUUUUUUUUUGGCUCACCCUAAUGUACAUAUGUAUAACUUACGACACGAAGUACCUGUUAUAAUAUUACGUGCAGUCAACAAGUCACAUUUAAUAUGUAUUACAAUACGUAAUGGUAAAUGUACCAUGUUUUUAUCUGCAUUUAUUGAUAGUGCAACCUAAAAAAUUUAAAACAAACAAUUAAUCGUAAACUUUUUAUACGGUAAUUUUACGACUUUUUGAUUAUUUUAAAUCGGUAGCAUACACUAGUGGCGAGUUAAGAAACAAGAAUAAGAAUUUUCUACUCGUACAUGCAAUCAUCAAACAUCAGCAUCACCUUUUUGAAAAAUACGUCGUGAUAUAGAAAAAUUCGUAUACUUAAAUACUUCUUGCGAUCUUUACAUACAAAUAAUAAAGUUGUAUAGGUAAAUCUAAUUUUGAGGUGCUACGCUUUGUUCAAAAGUUUUUGAGAGUUUGGGUAGUUUAGGAAAGUUUUUAGAGAAGGAUUAUUAGGUGAUAUUUUCAGAUGACGUGGUUCAAGAAACAAAAAUACAAGCAAUUAAUGAAAAGGCAACAGCGAAUGUCGACAAGUGUUUCGAUUUUGAACACGCGCCAACAUUUUAAAAUAAGAAUUAACUUACAGUGAAGAGAAUAUUUUUAAAAAUUCUAAUAAUAAUAACACUUGGUACUUAACAACGUACGGUACCUACGUACUGACCCAUUUUAUUU